AUGAGCGUCGAGGCAGCUCCGAAGACCGAUUUAGUUUCGUCACUCGUCCAGGGAUGCAGGGACAACCCAACCCACAGUCUCGCUGCUACACGCGUUGCAACAUCACGCGCUCAGCGGAAACGGGAGUGGACGGCUUUCUUGAAUAUGGCCAGGCGUGCAAUUCGAAGCAAUGCCCUCGAGAAGCUGGCUCGUCUGUCAGCGCAGUCGUCAGCAGAGGAUGCCUCAACUUCAGACUUUGCGAGGUUCUUCAAGAGAUGUCCGAAUGUAUCCAGUUCUAUGAAGUUGCAAGAGCUGGAGGCAAUCCUCGCCCUCUGCAAAUCGGCGCCGUUCAUCGAAUCCAUCCAAGUUGCCGAUAAGUUGCUCGCUCGCCUCUCGCCAUACCUCACCGCAUCGUAUGCUCAGACGCUCGCGCCGUCGCCCAGCCUCCGCACAUUCGAACCUUCACCAUACCAAGUCCUGACAUACAAUCUUACAUCUGCUGUGCUCUCCCUAGGACUCAGACACGAUCAACUCCGAGCACAGGCUGCGACUGCCCUUGAGAGCUAUGUUGACGGUUGGGCUGCUGUAGCUGCCGAGCUCUCGGAGGAGCAAUUCGUUGACGAUGGAGCCGAUGACUAUUCUACACAUGGCGAGUUGGCUCGCGUCAUGACACAUAGCCUGUCGCUCUUGGGUUUCCUGGGUGCUGCAGCCGAGCAGGCCGACUUCUGGAAUGCCGACGAUAGACUACGCCUCGUUGAAAAGGUGCGGUCAGCCCUGACGGAAAACUUCCUCGUCGCCUUUGAAACCGUCUUGUCUAUUGUGCGUAAUGCGCGCUCACACCAACACGGAUUGAGAGAGUGGAAGCGAUACACAAAGCACUAUGCUGCUACUGGACGACCGCUUGGUGCCAUGAUCCUGCACGAUUCAUUCCUGAAUGUCGUACUAGCUUCGGCCUCACAGCUCGUUGGAACCAGUCCGCGUCUCACUUCUCAAGUUUCCGUCCUGGACCAUCUGCAGAGAUACUUGGAUUCAAAGGGUCAUCGACAUCUCAGGGCCAGUGCUGAAAACUCGCUGGCUGAAGGACUAGUUAGGAUUGCGGAAGAGGAAAUGGAGCGCUUGGAGAAUGAUCUUGACUACCUACAACGCGUGGGAUCCGCAUGGCAGCAACAACAGGCGUCUUCGGUCAAAGCCAAGGUGCUCGUCACAUACCUCUGUUGCACAGUCUACGACGAUGAUACAGACAUCACUGACGCCGAAGUGCUGACUACUUGGCUCGAUAACGUGCUCAAUGAUCCAGCACAGAGUGCGGACCAUGACUUGGCUUCAACGGUGCUGAAAUCCAUGGCCAUCCUUGCGAGAGUCUCCCCGCAUUUGGCGUCGACCCUGGGGCGCUCGCUUCCUCGAGUCAUUGUACAGGCCAACUUUGACAAUCGAACAACUUCAGUCGCAGCCGAAUCGUUGGCUGCAGUUCUUAGCCUUCUUCCUCAGGAUGCCAUCAUCACGACACUUUACAGUCUGGGAAAUGUCAUUAGUGUGGCGCCCAUGCCUGAACGUACUGCACCUGCUUCUCCCACGUUGAACGGGAAGACACGUGGAAGCGGCAUCUACAACAAUCAAAAUGGCAGUACCAUCUCACUUACGCCGAGUGACGUUGAAGAACCACAUCAUGUGCAUACGACUGUGGUCGAAACAAUUGUAUCUGUCGCAAGAAACUGCAAAGAUCCCAAAAUCACAGCAUUGGCCUUAUCAAUGCUUAUCCAAAAAGUUGGCCGCUCUGGCAAGGUGGUUGAUGCGAAGAUCAUCACCGAUUCGGCUCUCUUGGGCAUACACAGCCCGCCUGGAGAGUUCAGAUCUUUGCUCAAGGUUUACACGAAGCUUUCUCACGAUGCGCUAGUUGCGGACGACAGGGCAAAACUAGAGGCUGUCAUGGCUGCGCGUCUCAAUCUGUCCAGAGAGAUAUGCGCCAACGAACCCAGCUUUGAGAUCUAUCUUACUCAUCUUUUAGACACGAUUGUUAGCAAGGGGGAUGCUCAAGAAACAUCUCAUCGCCAUCUUCGAGACACUGAGCUUGCAGCUCAGGAGAUUGCGCAGUUAUUGAAGCCUCUCGCACUCCUUCUUGGAAGAAAUGCCGAACGAGCAGAAUUUGCUGAGCUGGACGACUCUAUCAUCUGCCUGCAACGUGAUGCAUGGUUUAACAUUGUCGUUCAUGGCUUCGAUCUGCAGUCUGACCUUGGAAAAGAAUAUCGAGAGGAGCUGCGUACUCUUGCACGCUUCAGUAAGCCUCUGAUUGCUGAAGAGCGACCGUUUCUUUCGGAAAGCGACAUUGAGCUCAACACAGUCCUGCGUCGUGGUAAAUCGCCUGAGCAUACAGUCGAGCAAAAGAAGCGGCUCGGAAGACUGCUGCCAUCAUGCGAAGCUGAUACCAAGUCUCUGAGCUAUCAGGAAGCAGUGUUCUUGAGCACUGCGUAUCUGGUUGAAGACCUACGCGCGAGUACAGGAGAUUGUACCAAAGCGCUUGCAUACUUUCUCGACCCCAAACUACGUACUGGGGCAGUCGGCAAUUGCAUGACUGCUAUCGCGACGACGGCUAUUCGAACAUACCUGACAAAAUCCCUGUCAGGUCAAUCACACAGCUUCUCAACGCCGUAUCUGGCUCAGCAGCUCGCCAAGAUAUUCUCUGCAUGCUGUCAUCGCAUUGCGCGCGUUCAGCAAGCGGCGGCGUCUUGUGCUGAUGUCAUUGUCCGCGAAGUGCCAUCCACACUGUGCCAGAAGAGUGCGUUGUUCGCUCUUCUAGAACUUCUCUCAAUAAUGUGGUACAGCUGUCUUGAGGGCGAGACGGAUGAGUACACUUGGAAGUCAACUUUCGCUUCGAAGCGAUCCAACAUCGUAGUUGAGCUUUCAGAUGACUAUACCUUCCGACGGGCAACUCUUGAUGCGCUACACACUCGUGCAACGGUCUGGGUUAGAGGAGCGCUCGACAUUGCUCCUCUCGACGUCAAGGGACUUCUUCAGUCAUACCUUUCAGAAUUCGACGACGAAACGAGUUUCGGGCACAUCUCGCUGGGACGCUCGUUUGCCUUGGAAAUGGGUUCCCUGAUCCCGUCCACAGACCAGCGCCUCGGUGCUGUGGAACGUCAAGGUAUCAACAUCAACACUGCAUCUGACUUCAUUACGCAAUACACGACAAGACAAGAAUACAAAUUCCUCGACGGGGUUGUUGAUCAAGAAGAAGAAUGGCUCAAUGGUGCACCAACUACUAGACGAAUGCCAACGUAUCUCUCACGCAGCCUGCAUGAAGCGACUAACCUUCUGGUAGACUUUGAGACCCGCACUCUAAACCACAAGCAUGUAACUAUUGCGGAACUUCGCGACAUACUUCGAAGAGCUGCCGCGCUUCUCUGCAGAGUGAAGACAGAUCAGUCACCUAUCGUCCAACAUUUGGUCGGUAUUCCAUUUGCAGUAUUUUCGAAGCAGUCCAUCAAGCUGGGAAUCUCGCUUUGGACAAGCGUUGCCAAGGAAAACCCUCGCAUGGAGUCUCGAAUUCUUGUUGCCAUUGCUGAGAACUGGGAGAACACGGUGCGCAAGCGUCGAGGUAUCUUCAGUCCUGCUUUGAAACACGAAGAUCCAUUCUUCGGCAAGCAAGAGUUCGCCGCGACAGACAAGGAAGCGCUCUCGAAACGCCAACAACAGAUAUAUAACCUCAUAGCACCGCAUUUCCGCCUGUUGCAAUUCCUGUCCAGCCACUUUAGCGCAUCACGGCUGGGCAAGGCAGACGUCGAGCGUGUCUACGUACGGAUGAUGAACAUCACACUUGAUGCAAUGAGUGUGGGCUGUUCGCAACCGCUUGCCCGUGAAUCGUACUUCCACAUCAUUUUGCUUGGAUUACGUAUCGCGCGUCAUUGUACCACAAUAUCAGCCACCAUCAGAUGGCGGUUGUCGGACCGUAUACUGACUGCCGCCCUGGCAUGGUUCGCAAAGGCACCACAAUGGUCUUUUGGAGGUAACCGAUUGCAGAUCAAGGCCGAGACGCAUAUCCUGGCAGACGUGCAGGCGCAACUCGAUAUUAUCGGGAAGUCCACUACUGCCGUUGAUAUUAGCGCAAAGUUGAAAGCAAGGCAAGACCUGCUAUCUCUGCUUGUGGGGAAUGAGCAGACUCGUCUGAUGGUGUGGUUGUUUCCUCUUGACUAUGGCAAGAAGCAUCAUUUCACCUCUGGACGCUACAACAACACACUUCCUGAUGCCGCCGUUACUGCCCAUCUCAAAACAGCCUGGGCCGAGAAUCCUGCAAUCGCCGUACACCUCAUCAAACGCUUCCAGUCUCAACGCCUUAAUAGCGAGGUCCGAUGGCAGGUACUCAACUUCCCGCACAAGGUGUUGGACGAGCCAGAUGCGCUUGAAAUACUUCUAGGUAACUCACUACCGGCCGACGUCUCCUUCCAACUCAAGUACCUGCUUUACUGGGCGCCCGUUAACCCCAUAACGGCCGUCACAUACUUCCUUCCGGCGUACGGGAACCAUCCUUUCAUCAUUCAGUACGCGAUGAGAGCGCUUGAGAGUCACUCGGUAGACGUCAUGUUCUUUUAUGUCUACCAGAUUGUGCAAACGCUUCGAUACGAUGUCUUGGGCUACGUUGAGCGGUAUAUUAUCGAGACGGCCAAGUUUUCGCAGCUUUUUGCGCAUCAAAUCAUCUGGAACAUGAAGGCAAACGCCUACAAGGACGAGACUGCCGAGGUGCCCGAUCCUGUUAAGCCCACGCUUGAUAAAGUCAUGGCUAGCCUGGAGUCAAGUUUUUCCAAAGAAGACCAUGCUUUUUACGAGCGCGAGUUUGCCUUCUUCAACGAGGUUACUGGAAUCUCAGGUACACUACGUUCUGUUCUUCACGAACCCAAGGAGGUGAAGAAACAGAAGAUUGAGGAGGAGCUUCGCAAAAUCAAAGUGGAGGUUGGCGUCUACCUCCCAUCUAACCCCGAUGGCCAGGUCAUUGGCAUCGACCGCAAGUCUGGCAAGCCGUUGCAGAGUCACGCAAAGACACCUUUCAUGGCUACAUUCCGUAUCAGAAAGACGAGGCCUGUUGACCAGGGCUUGGAAGAGACUGAAGAUGAUGAUCGCGAUAUCGCACGAGAGAAAGACCGCGGCUACGAAACAUGGCUUUCUGCGAUUUUCAAAGUCGGGGACGACUGCCGUCAAGACGUGCUCGCACUGCAGAUGAUUGCAGCAUUCCGAGGCAUCUUCAACACCGUGGGUCUAGACGUAUGGGUCUUCCCCUACCGCGUCACAGCAACAGCACCGGGCUGUGGUGUAAUCGACGUACUCCCCAACUCCAUCUCCCGUGACAUGCUCGGUCGCGAAGCCGUCAACCGCCUAGACGACUAUUUUGUCUCUCGCUACGGCAACGAAGACUCGAUCCGCUACCAAGAAGCUCGCUCAAACUUUGUCAAAUCAAUGGCCGCCUACUCCGUCAUCAGCUUCCUCCUCCAAUUCAAAGACCGCCACAACGGAAACAUCAUGAUCGACGACGCUGGCCACAUCAUCCAUAUUGACUUUGGCUUCUGCUUCGAUAUCGCACCCGGUGGCAUCAAAUUCGAACGCGCGCCCUUUAAACUCACGGCUGAAAUGAUUGCUGUCAUGUCGGGUAAAAACGCGGCUAAUGCAUAUACCUCGCAGGCGUACCGCUGGUUCGAAGAGCUCACUGUAAAGGCCUUCUUGGCAAGUCGCCAGCACUGCGAUCACCUCUGCCACGUUGUGCAAGUUAUGCUGGAUAGCGGUCUUCCGUGCUUCAAACCUGAGAGUAUGAAGAACUUCCGUGAUCGCUUCGUGUUGGAGAGGAGUGAGAGGGAGGCAGCGGAUUAUAUGCGUGGGCUGAUUGAGAAGAGUAGGGGAAGUUAUUCGACGGGGACUUAUGAUAGGUUCCAGCUUAUUACUAAUGGAAUUCCUUAUUAGAGUUGUGGAAUGAGGAUUGGUUGGCGGAGAAAAGGGAGGUAUAAGAAGUUGUUACAUAAUUCAUUCAUCAUAUAC